AACCGGAACUCAUGUGGCUUACUGGAGGAGCUGAGUGCAAUUGUUCCAUACUUAGAGGAGAUGGAUAAGAGAAAGAUUGAGAGUUGGAGCCAAUUUCUUGAUGUUGUUGGGCAGAUAAAAAAGAUAUCCCCUGAGAUAGGACCUGCAGAUUUUGUGGCUUUUAAAGUACCUGUGGAUCAAUCCGAUUUAUCCUUACGAAAGCUUGAAGAGUUAAAAAUGGAGCUUCAGUCCCUUGAAAAGGAGAAGAGUGAGCGGCUAAAGCAAGUAAUGGAAUAUCUGAAUACAUUGCAUUCCCUAUGUGAAGUACUCAGUAUGGAUUUCAAGCAAAAAAUAUCUGAGGUACAUCCUAUUCUGGAUGAAGCUGAGACAUCUGACUUAAGCAACACCACAUUUGAGAACUUGGCAUUGGCAAUGCAGAGAUUACGUGGAACAAAAAUCCAGAGGAUGCAGAAGCUUCAAGAUCUUGCGUCUACUAUGCUGAUACUGUGGAAUCUCAUGGACACACCAAUUGAAGAGCAGCAGGCAUUCCAAAAUAUAACAUGCAGCAUUGCUGCUUCAGAGCAUGAAGUAACGGAGCCCAACACUCUUUCCAUGGACUUCCUCAACUAAGUUGAAGCGGAGGUAUUAAGGCUUGAACAACUGAAAGCUAGCAAAAUGAAAGAGCUGGUUCUGAAGAAGAAAACGGAAUUAGAAGAGCAUCGGCGACGGGCACAUUUAGUUGGAGAUGAAGAUUAUGCAGCUCAGUUCAGCAUUGAGGCCAUUGAAGUAGGAGCUAUUGAUCCCUCUUUAUUGCUAGAACAGAUCGAGGCUUCCAUAGCAACAAUGAAAGAGGAUGCUUUUAGCAGGAAGGAUAUUCUUGAGCGAGUAGAAAGGUGGCUAAGUGCAUGUGAGGAGGAAGCUUGGCUGGAGGAUUACAGCAAGGACGACAACCGGUAUAAUGCUGGGAGAGGACAUAUUAUGCUUAAGAGGGCUGAAAAAGCCCGUGUUUUGGUUAACAAAAUUCCAGGAAUGGUAGAUAUUCUAACAACCAAAAUCAUAACUUGGGAGAAACGAUUGGGCACUGAGUUUACUUAUGAUGGCGCUCGACUUCUGUCCAUGCUUGAAGCAUAUAUGAUUGUUCGUCAAGAGAAAGAACAAGAAAGGAAGUGGCAAAGGGAUCAGAAGAAGCUUCAGGAUCAACUCAAAGCUGAGCAGGAGGCACUCUAUGGAUCAAAACCAAGCCCUUCAAAGCCUCACAGCACAAAGAAGGUACCCAGAAGCUCCACACGCGGUGCAAGUUGAAGGUUGUCUCUUGGUGGAGCUUCAAUGCAACCUCAAAAAACGGAGAUAGCUCAUUCUAAGUCCGUUCGUGCAACCAAGAAAACUGAUGAUAUUAGCACUCUGUCCCCUGGCAAAUUCCACUUAACCAUAUCAAAUGCAACGUUCUAAACUUUACUUCUGGACUAUCUUUAAUGCAAAAGAAGCAAUU